CAAGACUCGGCUUCUCUCACAGAGAAACACGCCAGGCAUGAGAGAACGGCGAAACGCGGACUGGAGCGGCGGAGCGGCGGUGUUGGCGCCAUCACGCCGUUUGAUCUCAAACGUCAAGAUGGCGUACGUUCGUCGAGAAACAUUCAAAGGUCGAACAACUGUCAAAAUGGAAUCCAGGUCCAAACUGGAGAGUAGUUUAAAAGAGAAACCCUAUCCGGUGGAUCUACCUGUGCGGCAUUACGGCGAGUUGAGCACAGGCUAUGACGAAUACCUGUCCAGCGUCAAGUCAGACGGCGCUGUGUCUAUCGCCCUUCCACGUGGAGAGAAAGUGGAAGUUACUUGUGAGAACAUCGGCCGGCUUGCUUUUCUGAGAGAUGGGGAUUUAUCACAUUUCAUCCUUGCUCUCCACACACCCGAGGAUGAAAGCAGAGUGGUCGCUCUGUACUUGCUGGGCGAAUGGUGGCCUGUUAGUGAUGUUUUGAAGACAUCGAACAAAUCGAGACGUGGGCUUUUGUUAGUGGAAUCGGUGAUGGAGAGAGUCGUGCUCUUCCUCCUCAGUCAAGUUAUAUUUGGAGUCCUGGAAAGGUCUCUCGAAGAAGACCUAUAUUUUUCGUCCUAUUCGUUGUGGGAACAUGGCAAAGUGCUCUGGCAAAAUGGAGAAGCAGUAGGGUUUUACACCAUUAAAAAAAGAGGCAGCCUGUGUGACGACUGCACAGGCCAGAGUUAUCAGCUCCCCGUUCUGGACACCGUGUUUGUUCGCUCUCACUGGAGAAGGACUGGUCUUGCUUUACAGAUGCUGGAGGAUUUCUGCUCUUCUCAAGCCUCUGAGGAGAUUCUGGGAAUUAGCUUUCCUAUGUCACCUGGCAUGUAUGGAGUUUGCAAAAAGUAUCUCGAGAUCCACGAAGAAGAAAGAGAGCGUCUCUAUGAAGUGGAAGCUCCGGGUGGAUGGGCUCAGAGACGCAACGUGUGGCUAAAUAUCCAGCUGCGGGACUUUCCAAAACACUGACAAGAAGCUGUGUUGAUGUAAAACAGCAGACAUGACAUUGGUUGAGUAAUAAAGUGAGACUAAUUACAUGUGGAAACUCCGAGCAGAGUCCACAGUGCUCAUGUAGUCACAAAAGACGUGAAGAUGAUUUGGAGGAAGAGGCAUGAUGUUAUCUUGCGUUUAUUUAAGCUUAUCUAGAGACAGUUUACUGGCUGUUACCGGGCUACAAUGCGAAUCAUCAGUAAGUCGCAUCUAGCUCUGGAAAGAAGCGGUCAAGAAAUAACUCAGACACACAUUGUAUUUUCAAGCCACAACAGAGAGCCUAAAUAUUCAAGAUGGCGUUUCUGUAUGAGCGAGGAUGUAGAUGCUGGUAAUAAGUAGUUGAGAUUUGCCCUCUGGGUAACAGCCUCGGGUAUUGUUAUACUAUAAAGCUUACCAUAACAUUUGGUGCGGAUUGCCAAAUGGUAUCAGACUGUCAUGCCAACGGUAUCUGGAUAACAGAAAUAAAGUUUUAUUGCAAAUGUUAUAUAGCAACCGAUAUUCUGUCAUUU